GGCUUAGAUCAAGUGUAGUAUCUGUUCUUAUUAGUUUAACCACUAAUAUGGUCGCACCGCGAUCAUUCUGGUUAUCUUAUUUUUGCCGCCCCGUCGUUCAUCCUCUGGCAUGCCAUGGUGAACGACAAGAUGACCUUCCUAUUGCACUGACCGGGUUGGGUCGUCAGGGGAUUAUACCUCUACUCUUUACCGCUCUUGGGUACCCUGCUUUCAGCAGAACCUGAUCCGGUAAUGCGAUGAGCGAUCUUUCUUGUUUCGAAAUAUCUAUGCAUUGACAAACCAGACUUUGUACAUUCUCCAUGCAUGUGUGUGUCAAUAUUCCAUGGGUUCGUAACGCUCAUAGCUCGGGAUUGUCACCCUGACCAACGUGCCUCGGUGUACAGACCCUCUAGGCGCACGCAUGGUUUGUAUGCACUAUGUCGCUCGCACCGACUUUUCCUUGAUAUCUUCGUAUACCUUUCCCACAGCACCGCUGUUUCCCACAAUGACCCUCAAGAGGCCAGCCAUGGCCAGAUCCGACAGACAGAUAGUGAGCACCAUCGCCCCUCUCAUACCUACAAGAACGGCCAAAACGCCAAAUAUCGCCACACUAAGGCGUACAAACACUGUCGCAAGUUACCUCAACAGUGCAGUCUGCAACACACGCGUUGGCUCACCAACACUCCUCACAAACCGCUCGUUUCCCGCCCAUACCGCAAGUGCAUACCCAGUCCCAACAAUCCAAAACCCAUACGCGGCCAUCGCGCACGGUUCUCUUCCUUCACCCAAGUCCGCCUCCAGUACGAGAGGUGCGCCACGACUUGCGUGAGGGGGAAGGAGGUGAGUAAUGAUGGUUGCAGGAUGAGGGAGAGGGCGACGAGGAAACAGAGGAGGGAGGAGAGGAUGAUGUUGGUCUUGGCUGCUAGUGGGAGGGGCAUGAUGUGCCGUCUGCUUUGGACUGGGCAGUAAGAACGGUGCUGUGUGUUAUGUACUUCCAGUCUGUAAUCAAGUACUGCAUAGAUGUCUCACUGAGUUGGGUUGGUGAAACACGGAUUGAUGAUUCGCCCAAUUCAUUUCGACGACGCAUUGACUUUUCAGCAUUGACAAGUGGUGCCGUUUUGAUUUUCAAACAAACGUGGUCGCCAGCAGUCGAAGAUCGUCGAAGAUCUGUACCUUUGACAGGGCUCGUCAAUCCUUCUUCGCCGCGGAUCAACGGAUCAAGCUACGCCAUGCCAUGCCCAGGACGGUCCGCUCCAACUUCAACGACGACUGCAUCGUACAUGUUCUCGGCCUGUGCAAACCCUACCGAGAAUGUCAUUGUGGAAGAUCCCAGCUUUCGAACGUACUGGUCUGCUCCGGAGGACUACAUCGGUUUGCACAGGGGCAUUCGACGAAGCUGCCAAAUCGUCAAGGAGGUUGAGGUUGUCGUCUACGUACGCUAACCAUUCCGAACGGUAACGGGAUCGACGAAGGUGAGCCUCGAGCCUAUCGUCAUCGUGGAAUCAUGCUAACGCUCGGCACAGAGCUCUCUCCCAGAUCUGAGCGCGCCGAGUGCAUUUCGAAGCCUUUCCAGACGCACAACCGUCCGUGUCGUUUGGUUUCUUCUCAGCAGCAGAGGGUGUGGAACGACAGCUCCACCAGGCUGGUGGAGGAGAACACCUGGUGCUGGGUACCUCAUCGCUGCCAAGACGACCCUCGACCAACUUGAACUCAAGAGCCCACGCUCUCGAACAACACCUCCACUAGACUGCAGGAGAACUCCGAGGCACUGCCGAGAACUACGAGCUUCUUCGCGGCCAAGACUGACGAAGAAGGCUCGGCCUGCAACUCCUAUAGCGCGGCAAUACGCAUUUUAAGUGGGAUCUCGACAAUCUUGCCCCUCCUUCUGUAUGUGCGAUCCGCGGCUGAUCUUCGUUUAUACUCUUGACGAUCUUGAUUAGCUCUUUGACCAUAUCUUCCGGGACAGCCUGAAUUCCCGAUCUCCUUGCUGUAAGGAACGGUUUCGUUGAGAAAGCGGAUUAUCUCGCGAGUGACCAUGCCUGGUUUCGGAUUGACGUGCGGAUGUCACCAGAGCGCCGUGACUAGUCUGAAGACCCACCAAGCCGGUGGAGGAGCUUCGUCACUGCAGGUGGGUACUUUCAUAGGAGAAAAAGAGAAGCACACUCAUCAGCUGAAUAGGCGUCUUCAAGUGCCAAGGCCUUCGCGACCACUGAGCCAAGCACAACGUCCCUGACGUCUUUACAGACGCGUCCCGAGAGAUGACGAGUACGG